AUCCUUCCACGCGAAGAGAACCACUACUGGAACACAAGGAAUCAAAGACGAGCAGAUGACCUACCUGUUCCGGGAGCCAGCUCUCGAAGUUCACGGGCGGCGUCCAAUUCGCCAAAGAUGCAAGCGCGGCACGAUCCAGCUGACCAGCAGUGGCUGCAAGAACCAAAUCAUGGCACCCGCAAUCAAUCUACAAUCGCAAUGAGAACGAAACUCCAUAGGAGUUUUAACGGUGUCAACUGGAUGGAAAAAUCCGUGACGUGCGGAUCGUUCGCAGUAGUAGGAGUAGUAGUGAGAAGCCGGCCUGCAGUCCCCAGCCAGACUUUUGCUUGUCCGAUGGCCAUCAGCGACGACCGCGUCAGACGACUCAGGGCUGCCCUCCAAGUUGCUCAAAGAGGUUCUAUGUAUCUCCCUACUAAAAUCGAUUGCCUACGGCUGCCACCGCAGCAGUCCUGCCUGAAUUCUUCGUUUGUACUCAGAGACAUCCGCGUCCGAGUCGAGAGCGAGCGAGAGCGAGGAUGAAGGUGGAGGUGGUGGAGACGACGCUGGUGCCGCCGAGCGAGGCGACGCCGCGGCACGCGCUGUGGCUCUCCAACCUGGACCUGGCGGUGCCCAAGACCCACACGCCGCUCGUCUACUACUACCCCAGGCCCGAGCCCGCCGGCGCCAUCGACCCGGCGCGGCUGCGGGGCGCGCUGGCCCGGGCGCUGGUGCCCUUCUACCCGCUGGCGGGGCGGCUGGCGGCGUCCGGCCCGGGCGGCCGGCUCGAGAUCGACUGCACCGGCGAGGGCGCGCUCUUCGCCGUCGCCCGCGCCGACUUCGCCGGCGACGACCUGUUCCGGGACUUCGAACCCUCCCCCGAGGCGCGCCGCCUCCUCGUGCCCUUCGCCGAGUCCGGCGAGCCGCCCUGCGUGCUCGCCAUGGGCCAGGUCACCUUCCUCAAGUGCGGCGGCGUCACGGUGGGCACGGGCAUGCACCACGUGACGAUGGACGGCGCCGGCGCGUUCCAGUUCAUCCGGGCGUGGACGGCGCUGGCGCGCGGGGAGGCCCCGCCCGCGGCGGCGCCGCCGUUCCACGACCGGACCCUCCUCCGGGCGCGCUCCCCGCCGCGCGCCGCCUUCGACCACCCGGUCUACUCCCCGCGCUACCUCAGCGGCGCGCCGCGGCCCUUCGUGACGCGCGCCUACGCCGUCCCGCCGAAGCUCCUGGCGGGCAUCCGGUCGCGGUGCGCGCCGGGGGCGUCCACCUUCUGCGCGGUGACCGCGCACCUGUGGCGCGCCAUGUGCAUCGCCAGGGGCCUCCCCGCCGGCGCCGACACGCGGCUCUGCGUGCCGGCCAACGUCCGCCAGCGCCUCCGCCCGCCGCUGCCGGCGGCCUACUUCGGGAACGCGAUCGUGCGGGACCUGGUCAUGGGCGGCGUGGGCGACGUGCUGUCGCGGCCGCUGGGGUUCGUGGCGGAGCGGAUCAGGCGCGCGGUGGCGCGCGUGGACGACGCCUUCGUGCGCUCCGUGGUGGACUACCUGGAGCUGGAGGCGGAGGAGGGCGGCCAGGCGGCGCGCGGGCAGCUCAUGCCGGAGUCGGACCUGUGGGUGGUCAGCUGGCUGGGGAUGCCCAUCUACGACGCCGACUUCGGGUGGGGCCGCCCGGGGCUCGUGGCGCCGGCGCAGAUGUUCGGCAGCGGCACCGCGUACGUGACGCAGGGCCCCGACAAGGACGACCCCAUCAACGUGCUCUUCGCGCUCGAGACCGAGUACCUGCAGGCCUUCGAGAAGGCCUUCUACGGGGAGUGAUGACCCCCGACGAGCUACCGUGGCGAGGCUUGGUAGAGGAGGAUGAGUAGUAGGAGAGCCAGCCCUCUGCGCGGCGACGUGAUGCCGUGGUGACCUCCGUCGGGUUCGUGUUGGGUUGGUGUGCCAAGCUGCUGCUGGUGUCUCCGUGUCUGUAGCAUAUGAGUAGUUACCAGCAUGUGUUGAAGAUGCUCCUGCAUGCAUGCUUAGUUGCUUGCUGUGACAUUGUCGU